AUGGAGAGGGCUAAAGAGAAGGUUACGCUCAGAAGCUUUGUUGAAUUCAAGAGGAUUGUAGAGGAUGAUGAUGAAGUAGAAAAAAAGAAGGCAAGGUUCUGAGGGGUCAACAAGAAAAUGACCAGGGAGGCUCGAGUCAAAGCUGCCUGGAGAUAUGGGGCUGGCCCUGUCAGGGCCCUUGCCGCGCUAAGAGCCAAGGACCAGAGAGAGAGACUGAAGGACAAGUGCAGGCUUUGCAAUGUGAAGGACACUGAAAAGCACGUGCUUAAUGAGUGCGAGCUGUACGCGGAAAUAAGGAGAAAGGCCCGGCGGAGGCUGAGGGAUGUCUUGGGCGCAACUUCUGAAUGACUGACAAUGCACGCAUGGCUGAUUGCGGACUCCUCUGAGCUUAGAGAGCUUGUCGGCGAAAAGGAUCUGGAUGCGGUUGAUAGAGAGACCAAGCGAGCUCUUAUGGAGUUUGAUGAGCUUCUGAGAGGGAGCAGGCCAGACAGCAAACAUAGAAGACUGGAGAGGGAGGAGCAACUGGAAGAUCUUGAAAAGGCAGGAAUUACAGAGGAGAUUGUGCAGGAGAUUGAGCGGCAAAUCGCUGAAAAAGAGAGGCGGGAACUCCUGGUGGAGGAAGAAGCUUGGCGGACAACAGCGAUGGUCAUUGAGUCGUCCAGCUGCUAA